AUGGGUUCAAACAUUAAUGACAGAGCGAUGAAGACAUGUAUGACACUGCGAGAGCAUGUAGUGGAUUUCACUCACCACAACUUCACAAAGAUUCCAGAACACCUUCCGACACAAACAGAGUACCUGGACGUGUCUGAUAACAACAUCUCCAGAAUAGACAAGGGCCAGCUACGCAACCUCACUCAACUGUGCUUCCUGAAAGCCACACACUGUAACCUGCAAUUCAUUUCUCCAUCUGCAUUCGAAAACAACAACCGACUGAUGAUCCUCAAUGUUUCUCAUAAUCUGUUGAAAACCAUACCAGAUGUUGGUAUGCAUACAUUAACAAUUCUUGAUCUCUCCAGAAAUCAAUAUAGCAACUAUGGUCUUCCACAUAGUUUUGGAAAACUUCAGGAUCUUGAUGUCCUUGCUCUUGGGAGUAAAUUGGCUGUUUCUGUGAAUCUUACAGAUUUUGCUCCUUUAAAAGGUGCAUCUGUAAAGCAUUUUAUUUUUGGAGGUGGUGUCUUGCUGCAGCAGUACAAGCCCGGAUCUUUAGCUCAGUUUAAGCUUCUGAAAGAAGUGACUCUGAAUAUUUCAUUUUGCCAGAGUUUUGAUGUUUUUGAUCAAAUUCUCAUGGACCUUAACCAGACCAAAACACAGGAAUUAAACUUGAUGCAAUUUGUUCCUCGUUUCUGUAACAUAAGUGCUGAUCCUUUUCAUAUGCUCAAGCAUUGUGAAAGUAUUCACACUCUAGCAAUAAUAAAAACCUGGAUAAAUAGCACAUUCUUGGUCAAACUGGCUAAAAACAUUUGGGACUCCCCAAUCAAAUAUUUGAAUUUCAUUGAUAUUGUUUACAAUGAGGACACCAGUUUUAAACUCCCAAGGCAAAGCACAACAUCUAAAGUACAAUCAAUUGUUAUCGAUGGAAUUAGGCACUAUCAAUACCGAUAUCCUGAAUUCAAAAUUUGUGUGGACCAACUAACAGAUUUGACAUAUAUAAAGUUCUCAGGAACAGGCAUGAAUAUCCUUCCCUGCAAUUUAAGCUCAGGUAUACCGUCAUUACAGACACUGGACUUUUCAAAUAACCUUUUAACGGACAGAGGAUUUUGGUGGUGGUGUCCUACAAAACAAACUUUCCCCGCUCUCCGGCAUCUGUCUCUCAGUCACAACCGCUUCAGCAUGCUGGACUACAUAUCUCAACAAACUAAAGAAAUGAACCUUCUGGAGUCUCUGGACCUGAGCUUCAACUCCAUCAGCCUGAGUGGCCCGUGCACCUGGUCCUCGAACCUGACAGAGCUGAGCCUCAGCCACAACAACCUGGGCAACAAUGUCUUCAACUAUCUCUCACCACAUUUCAGGAGACUUGACCUCUCAAAGACAGGAAUAACUGCCAUAAGCCAGGAGGUCCUCUCACAACUUCCCAAUCUGAUGCAUCUGAUUUUGAGCUCCAACAGCAUUCAAACCAUCCCCCUGAACCUCAGAGCACCAGUGUUGCAGGUCCUUCACAUCGACCAGAAUGCAAUUGCCUACAUCAGUAAAGGAGUGUUGGAUGGCCUGCCCAAUCUGGAAACACUGGUGGCAGGGAAAAACCCAUUUAGUUGUACGUGUGACUCUUACUGGUUUUUGACAGGUGUGGAUAAGUCUCUGCUUCCAGACUGGCCCUUUGACUACACAUGCAGCACACCAACAGCCUUUGCCAAUACCUCGUUAGUAAACUUUCAGCCUGGAUAUCUCUCCUGUCAGCCCUGGCUUCAAGCUGUGGUUUCAUUGUCCGUGCUAACCAUAAUCAGUGCUGUUUUUGGCAUCACCUUUUAUGUUUGUGAUGGGGCGUGGUACACCAAGAUGCUCUGGGUUUGGAUCAGGGUGAAAAGAAGAGCUCGUAAGGGAGAGGACAGGCUGCUGAGGAAUUCUUUCAGGUACCACGCUUUCAUCUCCUACAGCCAGCAUGACUCAGCUUGGGUGGACACGCAGCUGGUACCAACACUGGAGGGAGCAGGCUUGUCUCUGUGCAUUCAUGAACGCGACUUUGUACCAGGUCAGUGGAUCGUGGACAAUAUCAUCAACUGUGUGGAGGACAGCUAUAAGACCAUAUUUGUGCUCUCUCAGAACUUUGUUCAGAGUGAUUGGUGCAACUACGAGCUGUUCUUUGCCCAACACAGGGCCAUUUCUGUCGACCAAGAUUCUGUGGUCUUUAUUCUGUUGGAGCCUAUCCCACCUGACUCCUUGCCCAGGAGGUUCUUGAAGCUGAGGACGCUUCUUAGGAAGCAGACGUAUCUGGAGUGGCCAAAAAACGACUGCAAGAAGCAUCUGUUCUGGAAGAGUCUAAGGUCCAUGUUACAAGCUGGGAACUCAGUUAUGAAAGAUGUGGCUGCAGGUAUAACAGAAUCAUGCGCCCUAUUGGCAGACCAACACUGACAUGACUUCACAUUGUAAAAUAUUGCUCUUUUUUCAUUUGCUUUUUCAUGUGAUUGAUACCAAUAGCCUAACCUAAUAAAUGCAUCGCAUUCUAGAGGGGGCCGGACUGCGCUGACCCUGUAUGUGUGUUUCUUUGUCUGUGUGUGUUGUCUGUAGGGGAUGCCAAAUGCACACUGAGUCAUACAUCAGUAUCUCUGAUUGCCCUUACUAAUGUUGUUAUUUGGGGAUAUUGUGUACAUAGGCUAUACAGUAUCAGUGACAUUUCAGCAGUAGCACACGUCAGGGCGGUGCAACGACAGCCAGUGCCACCAGGCCUAUUGUAUGGAUGUUUUUGUUUGUUUUAGUGGACUAUAUAAGAAGCAUAAUCAUUGCAGUAUGUCAACCACCAAUUACAUGAUUUAUAUGCAUGAGAUGCCAUUGCACCACCUGACGCCUGCGCCCCCCAAAAAACGUCUUUGACCCAUGUACAGUAUGUAUCACUUCAACUUGAGAUGAUGGUGGUAUGUCUCUCAUGUGUUAUUUCCCUCAUAAUUAAUGAUUUAAAAUAUUAACUCAAGUGAAUCAAUCUCCAUUCCAAUUGAAGUCUAUUGCAACUUGUGUGGAAAAAAAAUAGUUUAUAGGCUACAUGAAAAACCUCAGCCGGCCUGCUGCAAAUCAAGUAGCACACACGGGACAUGAUGAAUGUUGGUAGGCAUGGAGGUUAAAAUGACCUGUUUUUCUUCUGUGCUCUGAAUGGAUUCAAGCUUCAGAGAGCAUAUGCUUGAACGAGGUGUCAAAAGUAAAAUUAAAAGUAAAAGUAAAAAAAAAACAGAAACACAGUUUCCUUGCAACACAGGUAACUUACCUGGGUGAACAUAGACCUGUGUACUUACUUACUGUCUUACUCUCAGCUAUUAACUAUUUGCUUGUGUUCAGGGCUGGACUGGGGGAGAAAUAGAUUCCAGGCACUUUUGGCUUAAAGGGGCCCCUCAUAAUUAGCGUGCGCAAGAACUGACUCACCGGUGGGCCCGGCACCCUCGUGGGCUCCUAUAUUCAGACAUGUAAAAAAAAACACUUUUUUAAACAUUUCUGAAAUAGGGGCCCACGAGGGUGCGGGGCCCACCGGGAAAUGCCCGCUAUGCCAGAUGGCCAGUCCAGCCCUGCUAGUGUUUACUUACAUC